CGUCCGGCUCGAGGGAAGAGAGCGAGCGCGAGCGCGAGAGAAGCUCAGAGUUACCUCCGAGUCACUUCAUGGACGGAAAAAAAAGUUGUAAAAAUCUCAAUUUUUAUGGAUUUACCCGCUCGAACCGGAGACCGUGAGAACGAAAGAGGGUUUCGACGCGAUUUCAGAGACAGUUUUUGAACUUUCAGGGUCAAUAAGUUGAACAUUAGGUGUUUUUUUUCCCCUCAUUUAUUGAGUUAAACGUUAGUCUUGAGGUAGAGCUCGCCUCGCGCUCGCGACGCUUAUGAGGAUUUCUCACAGAAAAAUAUGGGCCGAUUUCCCGGUAUAUCUUCGGGCAAAGUCAUUUUCUUCACCUUUUCCUGUAUUCAUCUUUCAUAUGCGCUGCAGUGCGUGGAUCUCGUGAAUCCGUGCGUGAACAAUGCGAGCUGUGUCACCUACGCCAACGGAACGGGAUACUGCAGGUGUCCUCCGGGGUACCUGGGCGAGUACUGCCACUAUAAGGACCUGUGUCAGCCGGAUUAUUGUAUGAAUGGAGGGAGCUGUAAGAUGGCGAGCAGCGGCCCGCCCAGUAGCCCUGUGUGUGUGUGUCCGCUCGGGUUCUCCGGCUCACGCUGCGAAGUGCAGAACAACUCGCCAUGUUACCCCAAGAACCCCUGCAGCAACGGGGGAACCUGCUCCCUCCUGCCCCAUGACCGGUACACCUGCCAGUGUGCUCCUGGCUGGAAAGGUGUGCGGUGUGAACUAGUGGACAGCUGCGUCUCCUCUCCGUGCGCCAACGGCGGGACCUGCGCGUCUCUUCCCGACGGAACGUUCUCCUGCACGUGUCCUUCCGGCUACGACGGGGCUCGCUGCCUGAACGACGUGGACGAGUGCGCGCAGGAGCCGUCGCUGUGCCGUAACGGUGGCAGGUGCGUGAACACCCCCGGCUCGUACCGUUGCAACUGCGCCGCCGGGUUUACGGGCUUCAACUGCGAAAAGGUGUACGUCCCCUGUUCUCCGUCUCCCUGCAUGAACGGCGGAACCUGCAGACCGACAUCUGAGACCAGCUACUGGUGCCACUGUCUUCCAGGUUUUAAUGGCACAAACUGCGAGGUGAACAUCGACGACUGUCCGGAUCAUCAGUGUCAGAACGGAGGAACCUGCAUGGACGGAGUGAACACCUACAACUGCCAGUGUCCGCCCGAGUGGACCGGUCAGUUUUGCACGGACGAUGUGGACGAGUGUCGCCUGCAGCCCAACACCUGUCAGAACGGUGGCACGUGCAGCAACACGCCCGGCGGCUACACCUGCGUGUGCGUGAACGGCUGGAGCGGCCUGGACUGUUCGGAGAACAUCGACGACUGCGCUGCCGGACCCUGCUCGGCCGGUUCCACCUGCAUCGACCGCGUCGCGUCCUUCUUCUGCAACUGCCCCUUCGGCAAGACCGGUUUGCUGUGUCACAUUGAUGAUGCGUGUAUUAGUAACCCAUGCAGGGCGGGAUCUCAGUGCGACACCAAUCCCGUGAACGGAAAAUUCAACUGCAACUGUCCUUUCGGAUACAAAGGCAACACCUGCAACGAAGACGUCAACGAGUGCACCAUCCCGGGGCCGAACCCGUGUGAGCACGGCGGCACGUGCGAGAACACGGCCGGCUCGUUCAUUUGCAAGUGCGCACGUGGGUACACGGGUCCCCGGUGUGAGCAGGACGUGAACGAGUGCGGCUCGAACCCCUGCCAGAAUGAUGCCACCUGUCUGGAUCAGAUCGGCGAUUACACCUGCAUCUGCAUGCCAGGUUUUGAAGGCGUCCACUGUGAGGUUGAAGUGAACGAGUGCGCCAGUUCACCCUGCCUCAACAACGGAAGAUGUCGGGAUCAGGUCAGCCGCUUUGUCUGCGAGUGUCCUCAGGGCUUCACAGGAGAGAUGUGCCAGAUAGACACUGACGAGUGUGCGAGCACGCCGUGCUACAACGGAGCCAAGUGCAUCGACCAGCCCAACGGCUAUGAGUGCGAGUGUGCGGAAGGGUUCACGGGCCUCCUGUGUUUGGAGAACAUCGACGACUGUAACCCGAAGCCCUGUCACUACGGCGUGUGUAAGGACGGCAUCGCUAUGUUUACGUGCGAGUGUUACCCGGGGUACAUGGGUCAGAUCUGCAACGAGCAGAUCAAUGAGUGUCAGAGCGACCCGUGCCAGAACGGAGGACGCUGCGUCGACCGGGUCAACGAGUACCAGUGCCGCUGCCUGCCCGGAACCUCUGGUGUGAACUGUGAGAACAACUACGACGACUGCAUCAGUAACCCGUGUCAGCACGGUGUGUGUGAAGACGGAAUUAACAAGUACAAGUGUGUGUGCGAGCCUGGAUACACAGGCGAGCGGUGCAGCGUGGAGAUAGACGAGUGCAGCUCGAACCCGUGUCUCAGCGGAGGGACGUGUGUGGAUAAAGUAAACGGGUUUGAGUGUCAGUGUCCGGCAGGGACUCACGGCCUGCUCUGCCACUCCGGAGCGGACCACUGCGCCCCGCAACCCUGCCGCAAGGGAAAGUGCGAGGAGGUGCAGAACGGGUACCGCUGUGUGUGUUUCCCUGGCUACGAGGGUCAGAACUGCGAUCAGGAGAAGAACGAAUGCGAGUCCAACCCCUGUCAGCACGGAGGAACCUGCGUGGACGCUGUGAACAGCUACACCUGCAAGUGCCUGCUUGGCUACGCUGGUGUGAAUUGUGAGAUCAACAUUAACGAGUGUCAGUCGAACCCCUGUGAGAACAAGGGCACCUGCAUCGAUGGAAUUAACAGCUACACCUGCCACUGCCCUCUGCCUUACACAGGGAGGCACUGUGAGGAUGAGUUAGUGCCGUGUGCGACUCAGCCGUGUCAGAGAGGAGGUGUGUGUCAGCCGUCGCUGGAUUAUACCUCCUACUCCUGCAAGUGUCCCAGUGGUUGGCAAGGAACCCACUGUACGGAGGACGUGGACGAAUGCAAGAAGAGCCCAUGUCUGAACGGUGCUCACUGUCAGAACACUCAGGGAAGCUACAAGUGCAGCUGUCAGCCCGGGUACAGCGGCGUGAACUGCCAGACGAACAUUGACGACUGUAGCUCCAACCCCUGUAUCAACGGAGGCUCGUGCGUAGACAAAGUGGGCCGGUUCUCGUGCGAGUGCAGGCCGGGUUUCUACGGCGAGCGAUGUGAGGAGGAGGUGGACGAGUGUGAGAGCUCCCCCUGCAGGCACGGAGGAACCUGCACCGACUUCGUCAACAGCUACACGUGCCAGUGUCAGCCCGGCUUCAACGGCAUCAACUGCGAGCGCAACAUCCCCGAAUGCACGGAGACCUCAUGUCUGAAUAACGGCACAUGUGUGGACGGUAUAAACCGUUUCUCGUGCCGAUGUCGUCCCGGAUUCACCGGCUCGUUCUGCCAGUACGAGAUUAACGAGUGUGAAUCGCAGCCAUGCAGAAAUGGAGGCACCUGCACAGACGGCCUGGGAACCUUCCACUGCACCUGUCCCAUGGAGUACACUGGCCGAUUCUGCCAGUCGAUGGCGGAUCUGUGCAAAAACAUCCAGUGUAAGAACGGGGGAGAGUGCGUGCAGCAGGAGACGUCGUGGCGCUGUCGGUGUCCUCUGGACUGGAGCGGCCUCUACUGUGACAUCCCCAACAUCUCGUGCCAAAACGCCGCCCACAAGAAAGGUGUACAAGUGGAGCAGCUGUGUGAAAACGGAAUGUGUGUAAACAAGGACAACACACACCACUGCUUGUGUCGGGAGGGCUGGACGGGCAGCUACUGUGAGACAGAGAUCGACGAGUGUCUGUCCAGUCCCUGCAGGAACGGAGGGACAUGUGUGGACUACCAGGGAGGAUAUGACUGCCAGUGUAAGCCCGGGUAUCAGGGAGUGAACUGUGAGUACGAUGUGAAUGAGUGUCAGUCGAACCCGUGUCGUCAUGGAGGCACCUGCAUCAACCUGGUGAACCACUUCUACUGCUCCUGCCCACCUGGAACCAAAGGUCGUCAGUGCGAGGUGGACGUGGACGAGUGUUCCACCGAGUUCGGCCCGCCCUGUUUGAACGGCGGUCGCUGCGUGGACGGUAUUGGUCACUACAAGUGUGUGUGUCCUCCCGGUUUUACCGGCGAGCGCUGUGAAGGCGACAUUAACGAGUGCCGUCCGUAUCCGUGCCACAAACCCGGCAGCCUCGACUGUGUCCAGCUAGCCAACAGCUAUCAGUGCCGCUGUCGCCUCGGUUACACCGGUCGUCUUUGUGAGUCGAUGGUAGAUCUUUGUCAGUCGAAACCCUGCCACAACGGAGGCAAGUGCUCCAUGAACAUGAGCUCAGUCCAUGGAUACAGCUGCACCUGUCUACCUGGCUACACGGGCUCCAACUGCGGUGAGAUGGAGGGCUACACCUGUGCCAACCUGCGCUGUCAGAACGGCGGACAUUGCCAGACGUACCCCUCCGGCCGUCCGCAGUGCGUCUGCCCGUCCGGCUUCUCGGGCCCGCAGUGCGAAAACGAAAUUCCAUCCUGCUCGUGCCAAAACGGAGGCGUGUGCAUGAAAGACUUGCACAAACCUUACUCGUUCUUUUGCCACUGUCUGGUCGGCUACAGCGGCGAGCACUGCCAGAACAGAGUCAGUUCCACGUCCUGCCCUUAUUUGGAGUGUCAGGAGCGGCGCGGCGACAGGGUGUGUGACCCACAGUGUAAGAUCGUGGAGUGCGACUGGGACGGAGGAGACUGCACGCUGCAGCGGCUCCGCCCGUGGGACAACUGCACGGCCUCUGUGCCAUGCUGGGAGUACUUUCAUAACGGCCGCUGCGACCCCGAGUGUGACAACGCCGGCUGCCUCUUCGACAGCUUCGAGUGCCAGAAGAGCUCGCCGUCCACGCCCAGCGCGUGCAAGUAUGACCUCUACUGCCGCGACCACUACCAGAACGAACACUGUAACGAGGGCUGUAACACCGAGGCGUGCGGCUGGGACGGUUUGGAUUGCUCCGUCGACAAGCCGCCUCAGCUGGCGGAGGGCACGCUGGUCAUCGUGGUGCUGCUGCAGCCCACAGAGCUGCUGGGAGAUAUGAAGGGCUUCCUGCGCUCGCUAGGCAUGCUGCUUCACACCAACCUGCGCCUCAAGCACAACGAGAAGCAGGAGCCCAUGGUCUAUCCGUAUUACGGCAUCGAACACGACGACUUGCACGCCGGCACCUCCACCGCGAAACGACUCGGCAAGAGGGAGCUGGGGAAGGAGGUUAUCGGGUCGAAGGUGUAUCUGGAGAUUGAUAACCGUCAGUGCUCUCAGACGUCCAAUGAAUGUUUCUCCAGCACCGACCUGGCCGCCUCGUACAUCGCGGCCGAGUCCCUCAAAGCCGAGCUGCAUUAUCCUGUCUUCUCCGUGGACAGCGUUCCACACCCCGAAGAUCCUGUCCAUCCGCUCCUCUACCUGGUCGCUGUGGCGGCCGCCAUCAUCCUGCUUAUCCUGAUUUUGGGCGUUUUGGUCGCCAAACGUAAACGCAAGCACGGCGUCCUCUGGCUGCCGGACGGCUUCCUGGCCAAGAAGGACAGCAAACGGAGAGAGCCUGUAGGCCAGGACGACUUCGGCAUGAAGAGCCUGCAGAAGUCGCAGAUGGACGGCAGUGCUGGUCAUCACUGGCCAGAGGAGGAGCUUCGGCCCAAGAAGCCAAGGUUGGAAGAUAAGCCGUUGUUGGGAGUGGACGCAGGAGUGGAUCGUCGUGAGUGGACCCUGCAACACCAUAAAGCUGCCGAUAUCACCCUCACCCCACCUCAGGCCGAUAUCGACAUGGACUGCCUGGAUGUUAACGUGAAAGGACCCGAUGGUUUCACUCCUCUAAUGCUGGCGUCUCUGCGGGGCGGCAGCAGUCCCGAGUGUGUUAGCGUCUUAGCCGAGGAGGAGGAGGAGAGCGGAGUCGAUGAGCCCGGCACGAACAUGAUCAGCGACCUGAUCGCUCAGGGUGCGACGCUCAACGCACAGACGGAGCGCACGGGCGAGACGGCUCUUCACCUGGCCGCCCGCUACGCCCGCGCCGACGCCGCCAAGAGACUGCUGGACGCCGGCGCCGACCCCAACGCUCACGACAACAUGGGCCGCACGCCGCUGCACGCAGCCAUCGCCGCCGACGCACAGGGAGUCUUCCAGAUCCUAAUACGUAAUCGCGCAACGGAGCUGGAUGCGAGGAUGAACGAUGGAACGACUCCUUUAAUCCUGGCAGCCAGAUUGGCUGUGGAGGGCAUGGUGGAGGAGCUGGUGCACUGCCACGCCGAUGUAAACGCUGUGGAUGACCACGGUAAAUCCGCCCUGCACUGGGCUGCUGCGGUGAACAAUGUGGAGGCCACGCUGGUGCUGCUGAAGAACGGCGCCAAUCGAGACAUGCAGGACAACAAGGAGGAGACGCCGUUGUUCCUGGCGGCGCGUGAAGGCAGUUUCGAGGCGGCUCAGGUCCUCCUGGAUCACUACUCCAACCGUGACAUCACUGAUCACCUGGACAGGUUGCCACGUGAUACAGCUCAGGAGCGCAUGCACCACGACAUCGUUCGCCUGCUCGACCAGUACAAUCUGGUGCACAGCCCACACUCUGGAUCGAACCAUGUCGGAAACGGUGGGGGUGGACACCCCUCCAUGGUCUGCACCGGUAACGGUGUCAUCGGCAUGCGACCGGGACAGCAAAACAAGAAGAACCGGCGUGGCGGCGGCGGCGCCGCCAAACUUGGUGGCCCUAACGGUGCUGGGGGCGGAGUCAAAGAUCUGAAGGAGAUGAAGACAAAGCGGAGGAAGAAACCGGCCGGAGGAGAAGCGACAGGAUUGGCUGCAUCCAGUGGUAACAUAGCAACCGUGACUGCUAACACUAACGGCACCAAGGGAGCAACAACAGCCGGCACGGGCGUUCUUUCAGAAAGCUCAGUCACAAUGUCGCCGGUGGAUUCGCUAGAAUCGCCGCAUUCGUACACGACGGAUGCCGCAGGAGCUGCCAACAUAGCAAAGUCACCUCCGCUGAUGACCAGCCCCUCGACCCGCCCCCUCCUGCCCCCAGUCAGCCACAUGCUAGGGCAGCAGCAGAGCUGGGUGGGCGUGGCUAAGCACGGUUAUGCCGCCCCCCAUGUUUUCGGCCACAUGCUUCCCCACCAGAUGGCGCCGACACACUCGGGCCUGCCACAGCACCAUCACGGCUCGGGGAUCCUCGGCCCCGUGAACGUCUCGGUGAGCCGAGAGCAGCUUCCAUCGAUCGUCACCUUCCAGAUGCUGACCUCCAGAAACCAGGCACUUCUCAAACCAAACCAGCAGGGGGCCAUGCAGGUGAGUCAAACCCAGUCCCAGGGCCUUAACCACAUGCACUGCAGCCAGGAUAUGAUGUAUCCCAUGCAGGAGGCGGGGCUACAGCAUGGCAUCCCGCACCUGCACGGCCACGCCCAUAACAUCGCGGAGCCUCAGGUGAGGCAGGUGACGCCUUACCACCAGCAACUGCAGAGCCCUGUGGAUAAAUACCCGACUCCUCCUUCUCACCGCAGCUACGCCAGCGGGGCCGGGUCAGAGGUGGUGACGACUCCGGGUCAGGGCUCUGAGGUCACGACCCCGGGUCAUGGAGCUCCGCCCUCUAGCGAGCACCCGUACCUGACGCCGUCGCCCGAGUCACCCGAUCCCUGGUCCUCCUCGUCUUCGCCUCACUCGCAUUCAGACUGGUCCGACGUAACCACAAGCCCGCACGGCGCGCUGCACACGCACGCGCACCCUCACUCACACGCACACCUCACGUUCCAGAGCAGGCUCCUCUGCUGCAGCCGCAGCCCUCGCAGCCAGUGCAGCCGCCGCCGCAGCAGCAAGCCUGCAGCAGCGUGUACGCGUAAUAACACGGAGGAACUGCUUGUCGCUGUGUCUUAACCUGACUGUGGUGUUUAUAUGCAAUUUAACUCCGUAAAAUGGAGCUUUAUCAGCAUAAAUUUGUCACCUGCAUCUUAAAGAGAGAGACACAAUCUCUCUCUCUCUCUCUCUCUCUCUCUGUCUCUCACUCCCACACACACACACGCAUACACACACUGCUGUCUUUUUUUAUACACUAUGCAGAUAGUCACCUGUGGUGUUUAUAUGCAACUGGUAACCCUCUUCUAUUCAGUGAUCCGGAGAAUGAAGCAUUCUCGUGAUGCUCAGUCCGACUCGGGACUGACAAAAUCUUUAAAACCCCGUUUACACUUGCUAGGUCACGUCAUGGGUCUUGGAUCCGGAUUGGAUCGUGGAAAGAUUAUAAGCACGUGUAGUCAAAUGCGUCUCGGGUUAGCCAGGUUUCUACGUAACAUGCACACCUUCUCUAACACUGUGGGGUUCUUCAUUUCCAGCUGCCUUUUGCUGGAAAAAAAAAAAACAUCAUUUUGCAUGUCUGACCUUUUGAACGUGGAACAAAUAUAAAUAUUUCAAAUGUAUUUAUAUGUAGACAAUCCAUAUACAUGGAUAUACAUUUAUAAUAAUCCCGAUUCUUUAGACGCAAGUGUAAAAAUGGCGCAAACGGAGGACUACUGAUGAAUUUACGUCAGCAAAUCAGCCAUUUAUCUGUGUCUGUGGACAAUCAUAAGAAACAAAGACAAUGAGCUGGACUUAAGUGUUACAACGUGGUGGCCAUCUUGCCUCGGCUUCUUUGUUGAACCUUGAAGGAAAUCAGAUCUCAAAUAAAGUGCAACCACUCUGUUUUUUUCUUUUUCUUUUUUUUUUUUUGACAUAUUGCUGUUUCCAAAGCUUAUAUAUCGUUAAGGAUGGACUUACUAACCAUUGUAAAUGUUUUUUUUUAAUGUACUGGGUCAUGGUUACAGUUGAGCUAAAACUGCCUUGUUAUAUUGUUUUUGUUGUUGUGUUGUUUUUUUUUUUGUUCUACACCACUGUGCAUGUAUAGAGUCUGUUUAACAGUGACGCAACUCCUUUGUUUCAGUUACGGCAGUAAUUCUUAGAGCUUCUGUUGUUAGCAUCUUCGUUUUAUUUCGUAGAUUUUACAGCAGCCUUUUGGCUCGAUUCUAGCCGUCUUGAUGUCACAUGGGCUCUGAUUUAACCUCGCUGCAGUUGCUAAUGGAGAUGUUGCUUUAUUGUGAUAUUUUGCGUGACUUUUAUGGCCUUGAGAUUGUGAUUCACUGUAGGAAAAUGACUGCCUUGUGUUUAAAAUGAGCGUGUGAUGAUGAUGAUGAUGAUAGGUUUCAACACACAUUUCAAAAAUUCAUCACUAACUGUGCUCUGUUCAGGAGAAAUCGCCAAAUUUAAAUGUGUGUGAUAUUCAGAGAAGGAAAUCCCAUGAUUGCGUUUGUUCACACUAGCAAGCGACAAAUCGACAAAUCCACGUGGUUGACUCCAGAAAAUUCCGGGCGAAUCCCAGAUCAGCAUUCCCUUCCCAUUUAACAGAGAUUGGUGCAUAAAAGUGAAAAAAAUAUCUACGGUUGCGUAGUUUCCUGGGUGUUGUGUUAUUAUAAUACAAUAUUAUAAUGCAUUUAACCCCUUAAACUCUUCGGUUAUUGAUGUUUUUUGUUUUUAUUUCGUGAAACUAACAGGUAUUUGGGACUUAAAAGAAUUAAACAAAACUAACACUAUUCACUUUAUAUAGUUCAUUAUUUUCGGAAGACUGUAGUGUUAUCUACUGCACUAAUUUUAAUCCCAUAAUGCACCACAGCGAGUACCCUAGAUGCCACAAAAUACUCAAACCCACGAGUUGUUGUUAGGUUUGAUCAACACUAUGUAGUUACUAUGGCAACGUCCCCUUAGACUCCUCCGAAGACUUUUUAUGAAGGAAAGGAGUGAAUGAAUUUUUUUUUUUCUGAAGUAAUGUUACAUAUUUUCCAAUCUAGGGAAUAGUAAGUAGUAAAGGAAUGAAACACUGUUGUGUCAUGCUGUUAUAGGAAAAUAAUCAACUCCAGGGUGGUCAUUGUUACCACUCCGAAGAGGAUUAUGUUCCUAUAACAGCACGUGCUGAAAUGUUUUAUUCCUCCUACAUUUUUUUAAAUAUAAUCUUUUUAUUAAUUUAUUUUUUUUACAGUAGUGUUGUGGAACGUCCCUGAAACAAGUUAUAGCAGCUAUAAACAGUCGUUUCCUCACCUCCCUGUUUUUUCUUGGGUCUCAUGUUACCGAGGAACCGCAAAGUGUUCGCAAAAAAUUCUGUUCUUAAGAAGUUUCGGAAGACUGUUCCUGGAGACUCCUUCCAUAAAUAUUAAAUAAACAUCUCCUUACAGGAAAUUUCCCCAUAUGGACAAUUUUUAAAAACGUGUUUGUGGAGCAUCCACUGUACGAGUCCCUUUGAACGAGCUGUUACUAUAGAAACGAUAUUACGUAUUAAUACAACGAGCACCUUAAUGUAAACCUGUGAUUUGUGGCUGCGCUACUAUGAGAGCUGCUGUUCUAGAAAAUUAAUCAACACCUUCUUCUGACCAAUCCGAAUCCAGAAUUCAGCAGCACUGUGGUACAAGUAGACUAAUCAACAUUUAUACUGAUUACUGAAUUUUUUAAUAAACGCUAGACUGGCCACGCCCACAAACCGAACCUGGAGUGACGUCAGCGAUUUGUCUCUUGCUAGUGAUGAUCGUAUUACGACAGGAAAGUGUAUAUCGUCUCAUGCCUGGUUUAAAACAUCAUAAGAUCUCAUAAGAUCUUCUCACAAAUCUGAUCGAGAGGACGUUAGCGUGAAAUCAGUGUUGCACUUUUUUUAAACCGGUGUCUGUGAUCAGUUAUCUGCGAUGUUUAAGUCAAAUCUUGAAUGGAGGAAAAGAGUUAAAUGUAACAGUAGUGAUAAAAUUAAACUAUCAGUGAUAGUAAAUAAUGCGGUACAGUAUUUCAUUAGCGAAGGAGCAGAUUACGACGGCCAUCUUUGAUUUGGUAAAAAUAUUAGUCUUAGUUUUUUUUCGACGUGCCUUUUUUCCCUAGAAUAUUGUACAGAAUAUUGUAACCAUUGCUCAUAUAUAUUUUUAUUCUGCCAAUUGUUUUUGUUUUAUACUAAUUUUUUUUAUUUUUAGUUCUGAAGUUGUAACUUUUCAUGUUUUAAAUAAUGUAUUGUUGCAUUUUUUAUUACUGUUUCUAUCUAUCUAUCUAUCUAUCUCUAUCUAUCCUAUCUAUCCGAUUAUAAAAACCCUGCCUUAAAAUUUUUUAGUAUUUUUUUUAAAAAUCUUGAUUUUUCUUCUUUUGUUUAAGCAGAGCUUUAUAAACCUGAUCGAUACAAUCAUAACUAUGUAGUUUUUACACUUCGUAGCCAUUUAGUGUCCUGAACACCAAAUGACUGAUUUUUUUUUUAUAACCAAAAGUAUUUUUUUUAACCAAAUCUCUCUUCCUGGUGAUUUACAUUGCCUUUUAUCUACAGUUUUUAACAGGUUAUUAUAAUCAUCAUUGUAUCACCCACUUACAGUAGCGCGCAUACACACGUACACACAUACACACACUCUGAACACUUGUAAGCUCCGGUGUUAAUGGUGCAGAAUGUCAUAUUAUCACACUCCUCCUCUUUAUGGCACUUAAACCAUGGUUUGAUUUCUUUUUUUUUUCCCUCUCUCUCUCUCUCUCUGCUUCUUGAAUGGUGAUUUUAUCUGAGCUCAGAGAGCAGCAUGUGUCCCUGUGGGUAAACAAUGUUUUUUUUUUUCUUUUAUAAGUGCUGUACAUAGAUUUUUUAAUGCGUAAUGUACUUUCCUUUCCUCUGAUCAUCUAAUACACACCUACUCUGCUGUUGCUAUAUGAAGUUUGUAGCCUUUCGUCUUGUUCGUAGAAGGACAUUUUUUUUGUGUAUACAGAACAAAAUUUGUGUAGCGCAAACCAAGCAAACAUGCAGAUGAUGCCAAUAAAGAUGAAAUACGCCAUAAACGUUACAGAUUUUUUUUC